CCAGUCCAAAACACUCAGAGCUCCAACAGCUCCUACUCUCUCCAGACCAGUCCAAAAAAUCAGAGGCUCCCUACUCUCUACCAGACCAGUCCAAAACACUCAGAGAGCUCCCCACAGCUCCUACUCUCUACAGGCACCAGUCCAAAACACUUAGAGCUCCCUACAGCUCCCUACUCUUACAGGGCGUCCAAAACACUCACAGCUCCUACUCUCUACAGGCCCAGUCAAAACACUCAGAGCUCCCUACAGCUCCCUACUCUCUACGGCCAGUCCAAAAACUUCAGAGCUCUCUUACUCUAUGCAGGCCAGGCCAAAACAAUCAGAGCUCUCUACUCUCUACAGGCCAGUCCAAAACACUCAGAGCUCCUUACAGCUCGUCUACUCUCUACAUGCCAGUCCAAAACACUCAGAGAUCCCUACUCUCUAAAGGGCCAGUCCAAAACAUCAGAGUCCUACAGCUCCCUACUCUCGACAGGCCAGUCCAAAACACUGUACGAGCUCCCUACAGGCUUAUCCUACUCUCUAAAGGCCCAGCAAAACACUAAAGCUCUUACUAUCUACAGGCCAAGUCCAAACACUCACGGCUCUUCUACUCUCUACAGGCCAGCCCAAAACACUCAGAGCUCCCUACAGCUCUCUACUCUCUACAUGCCAGUCCAAAACACUCAGAGCUCCUAUCUAUACAGGGCCAGUCCAAACAAUCAGAGCUCCCUACAGUCCCUAUCUCUACAGGCCGUCAAAACAAUCAGAGCUCCCUUACAGCUCCCCUACUCUCUACAGGCCAGUCAAAAACACUCAGAGCUCUCUCACCUCUUACAGGCCAGUCCAAAACACUCAGGCUCUUACUCUACAGGCCAGUCCAAAACACUCAGAGCUCUCUACCUUACCGGCCAAGUCCAAAACACUCAGAAGCCCUACUCUCUACAGGCCAGUCCAAAAACAUCAGAAGCUUCUACUCUCUGCAGGGCCAGUCCAAAAACACUCAGAGCUAUCUACUCUUACAGGCCAGUCCAAAACAUCAGAGCUCCCAACAGCUCGAUACUCUCUCCAGACCAGUCCCAAAAGACACAUCAGACGCUCCCUACUCUCUACAACCUGGUCCAAAAACUCAGCAGCUCCCGACAGCUCCCUACUCUAUACAGGCCAGUCCAAAACACUUAGAGUCCCUACAGCUCCUAACUCUCUACAGCCAGUCCAAAACAACUCAAGCUCCCAUUACUCUCUAAGGGCCAGUCCAAAACACUCAGAGCUCCACUACAGCUCCCUAACGUCUCAUACAGGCCAGUCACAAAACACUCAGAGCUCCUACAGCGCCCUACUCUCUACAGGCCAGUCCAAAAAACUCGAGCUCUCUACUAUUACAGGCCAGUUCAAAACACUCAGAGCUCUCUAAUCUUCUACAGGCCAGUGCAAAAACACUCAGAGCUCCCUACAGCUCUCUACUCUCUUGACUAGCUCCACAGAACACUCGUAGUCGCUCCCUACUCUCUGUCAGGCAGUCCAAAACAACUCAGAGCUCCACAAGCUCCCUUACUCUCUACAGCCAGUCCAAAACCACUCAGAGAAUCCCUACAGCUCCCUACUCUCUACAGGCGUCCAAAAACUCAGAAGCUCUUACUCUCUACAGGGCCAUCCCAAAACACUCAGAGCUCUCUACUCUCUACAGGCCAUUCAAGAAACACUCAGAGCUCUCUACUCUCUACCCGGUCAGUCCAAAACACUCCGAGCUCUCUAACUCUACUACAGGCGAGUCAAAACAUUCAGAGCCUCUACUCUCUGACACGGCCAGCCAAAAACACUAAGAGCUCUCUACUCUCUACAGGCCAGUCCAAAACAUCAGAGCUCCCUAUCAGCUCUCUACUUCUCAGACCAGUCCAAAACAUUCAGAGCUCUCUACUCUCUAACAGGCUAGAGUCUAAAACACUCAGAGCGCUCUACUCUCGUCCAGACCAGUCCAAAACACUCAGAGCUCUCUUACUCUCUACAGGCAAGUCCAAAAACACUCAAGAGGCCUUCUCUACUCUCUACAUGCCAGUCCAAAACAAUCAGGCUCCCUAGAUCUAUACACGCCAGUCAAAAACACUCAGAGCUCCCUACAGCUCCCUAUCUAUUUUAUCAGCCGCCAGUCCAAAACACUCAGAGCUCACUACAGCUCCCUACUCUCUAAGGCAGUCCAAAACACUGCAGAAGGUACCUAUACUCGUAUACAGGCCAGAUCAAAACAAUCCGAAGCUCUCUACUAGCUAUGGCCAGUCCAAAACACUUCAGAGCUCCCUACAGCCCUACUCUGUCUACAGGCCAGUCCAAAACACUAAGAGCUCUCUACGCUUGACAGGCCAGUCACAAAACAUUCAGAGCUCUGCUUAAUCUCUGCUAGCCAGCACAAAACAAUCGAGACUCUAUACACUAUACAGGCCAGGUUCCAAAACACUCAGAGCUCUUACAGAUCUCUACUCUUACUGCCAGUCCAAACACUCAGAGCUCCCUACUCUCUACAGGCCAGUCCAACAAACACUCAAGCUCCCCUACAGCUCCUUACCUCAUACAGGCCAGUCCAAAACAUCAGAAGCUCCCUACAGAUCCCUACUCUCUACAGUCCAAAACAAUCAGAGCCUCUACAGCUCCUACUUCUACCAGGCGUCAACACAAAACACUCAGAGCUCUCUACUCUCUACAGGCAGGCCAAAUCACCCAGAUGCUCCCAAGCAGAUUCUCUACUCUCUACCCGACCAGUCCAAAACACGACUCAGAGCUCCCUACUCUCUACAGAGCCAGUCCCAAACAAUCAGAGCUCCCUCUACAGCUCCCUAAUCUCUAAAGGCCAGUCCCCAAACACUCACAGCUCCUACUCUCUAACAGGCCAGUUCAAAACAUCAGAGCUACCUACAGCUCCCUACUCUAUCAGGCCAGUCCAAAAAACACUCAGAGCUCCCUACAAGCUCCCUAAUCUCUACAGGCCAGGCCAAUAACACUCAGAGCUACCCUACGCUCCCUAACUCUAAAGGCCAGUCCAAAACACUCAGAGCGCUCUACUCUCUACAGGACAGUUCCAAAAUCAUGCAGAGCUCUUACUACCUUUAGGGACAGUUCCAAAAAGCAUUCAGAGCUCCAGUACGCGCUCUACUCUCUAUGUGCCAGUCCAAACACUCAAAGCUCCAUACUCUGCUAAGGACAGAUCCCAAAAAACUCAGAGCUCUCUACUCGUGUACUGGCCCGUCCAAAACACUCCGAGCUCCCUACAGCUCCAUACUCCUACCGGCAGUCCAAACACUCAAGCUCUCCACUCUCUCAGGCCAGUCCAAAACAUUCAGAGCUCUCUACCUCUGCAGGCCGCAGUCCAAACACUCAGACGCUUCUACUCUCUACAGGCCCAGUCCAAAACACACAUCAGAGCCUCCUUACAGCUAUCUUUACUCUUACAUGCCAGUCCAAAAACACUCAGAGCUCCCUACUCUCUACAGGCCAGUCCAAAACACUCAGAGCUCCCUACAGACUCCUACUUCUCUACAGCACCGUCCAAACACUCAGAGGCUCCCUACAGACGACCUACUCUAUACAGUCCAAAAACAAUCAGAGCUCUACAGCUCCCUACACAGUCUCUACAGGCCAGUCCAAACACUCAGAGCUCUAUACUAUGCCAAAGGCCAGUCCAAAAAACCCCAGAGCUCCCAACAGCUCUCUAGCGUCUCUCCCGAACCAGUCCAAAACAUCAGAGCUCCCUACUUUAAAGGGCAGUCCAAAACACAGCGCUCCCUACAGCUCCCUACGCUCUACAGGCAAGUCCAAAACACUCACAGCUCCCUACCUCUAUACAGGCCAGUUCAAAAACUCAGAGCUCCCCUACAGCUCCCUACUAUCUACAGGCCAGUCAAAACACUCAGAGAUCCCUAACAGCUCCCUACUCUCUACAGGCCAGUCCAAAACAUCCGAGGCUCCUACAGCUCCCUACUGUCUAAAGGCCCAGUCCAAAACACUCAAGAGCUCUCUACUCUCUAGUGACAGUCCAAAACAUUCAGAGCUCUUACUCUCUACAGGCCGUCAAACAUUCAGGCUCCAACAGCUCUCUACUCUCUACAUGCCAGUCCAAAACAUCAGAGCUCCCUACUUUACAGGCCCAGUCCAAACACUCAGAGCUCCCUACAGCUCCCUACUUCCACCAGGCGCAGUCCAAAACACUCAGAGUACCUAUACAGCUCCAUACUCUCUAAGCCAAGUCCAAAACACUCAGAGCUCUCUACUCUCUACAGGCAGUCCAAAACACUCAGAGUCUCUACUACUCUACAGGCCAGUCCAAAACACUCAGAGCUCCCUACAGCUCUUACUCUCUACAUGCCAGUACAAAACACUCAGAGCUCCAUACUCUCCACAGGCCAGUCCAAAACACUCAGAGCUCCCUACGCUCGACCUACUCUCUAAAAGGCCAGUCAAAACACAGUCAGAGCUCCUGACAGCUCCCUACUCUCUACAUGGCAGUCCCAAAACACACAAGAGCUCUCUACUCAUCUACAGGCCAGUCCAAAACACUCGAGCUCUCUACCUCUAACAGGCAUACAGUACAAAAACAACUCAAGCUCUUACUCUUUACAGGCCAGACAAAAACACUCAGAGCCCAUACUCUCUACCAGGCCGUCCACACAUUCGAAGCCGAUCUACUCUCUCAGGCCAUCCAAAACAAUCAGAGCUCCCACAGCUCUCUAAUCUCUACAGGCCAGUCAAAAAACACUCAGAGCAUCCCUACCUCUCGUACACGCCCGUCAAAAAAGCUCGAGGCCUCCCUAACAGCUUUCCCUGUACUCUUUACAGGCCAGUCCAUAAAAUAACACUCAAGUCCUCUACAAGCUCCCUACUCUCUAACAGCCAGUCCAAAUAACACCGGCCGCUCUACUCUACAGGGCAGUCCAAAACUUCAGAGCUAUCUACUUCUACAGGGCCAGUCAAAAACACUCAGAGAGCUCUCUACUCUCUCCAGGAACCAGUCCAAAACACUAAGAGCUACUCUACUUCACAGCCAGUCCAAAAACACUCAGCGACCCCUCUCUUCUACAGGCCAGUCCAAAACACUCAGAGCUCUCCUACUCUCUACAGGCCAGUCCAAAAACACUCAGAGCUCUCUACUACAGGCCAGUCCAAAACAUUCAGAGCUCUCUACUCUCUGCAGGCAGUCCAAAACAUUCAGAGGUCUCUACUCUCUACAGGCCAGUCCAAAACAUUCAGAGCUCUCUACUCUCUGCAGGCCAGUCCAAAACACUCAGAGCUCUCUUACUCUCUUACAGUCCAGUCCAACACACUCAGAGCUCCUUACAGCUCUCUACUCUACCAUGCCCAGUCCAAAAACACUCAGAGCUCCCUAACUCUCUACAGGCCAGUCCUAAAAACACUCAGAUCUCCCUACAGCUCCCAUACUCUCUACAGCCAGUCCAAAACCACUCAGAGCUCCCUACAGCUCCCUACUCUCUACAGGCCAGUCCAAAACAUCAGAGCUCUCUACUCUCUACAGGCCAGUCCAAAACACUCAGAGCUCUUUACUUAUAUAAGGCCAGCCCAAAAACACUCAGAGCUCCCCUACAGCUCUCUACUCUCUACAUGCCAGUCCGAAAACACUCAGAGCUCCCUACCUUCUACAGGGCCAGUCCAAAACACUCAGACUCCCUACAGCUCCCUACUCUCACAGGCAGUCCACAAUAAACUCGAGCUGCUACAGAUCAUACUCUCUACGGCCAGUCCAGAAACAACAGAGCUCCCUACAAGCUCCCUACGCUUACAGGCGCAGUCCCAAACACUCAGGAGCUCUCACUCUCUACAGGCCAGUCCAAACAUCAGGAGCUCUCUACUCUCUACAGCCAGUCCAAAAAACUCAAGAGCUCCCUACUCUAUACAGGCCCAGUCCAAAACAUUUCAGAGUCUCUACUCUUGGCAGGCCAGGUCCAAAAAACAAUCAGAGCUCUUACUCUAUACAGGCCAGUCCAAAACACUCAAGAGUCCCUACUCUUACAGGCCAGUCCAAACUUCAGAGUCUUCUACUCUCUGCAGGCCAGUCCAAAACACUCAGAGCUCUCUACUCUCUACAGGCCAGUCCAAAACACUCAGAGCUCCCAACAGCUCUCUACUCUCUUCCAGACCAGUCCAAAACACUCAGAGCUCCCUACUCUCUACAGACCAGUCCAAAACACUCAGAGCUCCCUACAGCUCCCUACUCUCUACAGGCCAGUCCAAAACACUUAGAGCUCCCUACAGCUCCCUACUCUCUACAGGCCAGUCCAAAACACUCACAGCUCCCUACUCUCUACAGGCCAGUCCAAAACACUCAGAGCUCCCUACAGCUCCCUACUCUCUACAGGCCAGUCCAAAACACUCAGAGCUCUCUACUCUCUACAGGCCAGUCCAAAACACUCAGAGCUCUCUACUCUCUACAGGCCAGUCCAAAACACUCAGAGCUCUCUACUCUCUACAGGCCAGUCCAAAACACUCAGAGCUCCCUACUCUCUACAGGCCAGUCCAAAACAUUCAGAGCUCUCUACUCUCUGCAGGCCAGUCCAAAACACUCAGAGCUCUCUACUCUCUACAGGCCAGUCCAAAACACUCAGAGCUCCCUACAGCUCUCUACUCUCUCCAGACCAGUCCAAAACACUCAGAGCUCUCUACUCUCUACAGGCCAGUCCAAAACACUCAGAGCUCUCUACUCUCUACAGGCCAGUCCAAAACACUCAGAGCUCCCUACAGCUCUCUACUCUCUACAUGCCAGUCCAAAACACUCAGAGCUCCCUACUCUCUACACGCCAGUCCAAAACACUCAGAGCUCCCUACAGCUCCCUACUCUCUACAGGCCAGUCCAAAACACUCAGAGCUCCCUACAGCUCCCUACUCUCUACAGGCCAGUCCAAAACACUCAGAGCUCUCUACUCUCUACAGGCCAGUCCAAAACACUCAGAGCUCUCUACUCUCUACAGGCCAGUCCAAAACACUCAGAGCUCCCUACUCUCUACAUGCCAGUCCAAAACACUCAGAGCUCCCUACAGCUCCCUACUCUCUACAGGCCAGUCCAAAACACUCAGAGCUCUCUACAGGCCAGUCCAAAACAUUCAGAGCUCUCUACUCUCUGCAGGCCAGUCCAAAACACUCAGAGGUCUCUACUCUCUACAGGCCAGUCCAAAACACUCAGAGCUCCCUACAGCUCCCUACUCUCUAUAGGCCAGUCCAAAACACUCAGAGCUCCCUACAGCUCCCUACUCUCUACAGGCCAGUCCAAAACACUCAGAGCUCCCUACAGCUCCCUACUCUCUACAGGCCAGUCCAAAACACUCAGAGCUCUCUACUCUCUACAGGCCAGUAGAACUGAUGUUUUGCCAGUUUAAUUGCCUUGCAGAGUGAGUAGCUACACUGUUUGUAUUCUGCCAUAUUCCCAGUCACCUUGCCAUGGUUAAAUGCGGUGGUUCGCACUUUCAAUUUUGCGCGAAUGCUGCCAUCUAUCCACGGUUUCUGGUUAGUGUAGGUUUUAAUAAUCACAGUGGGACAACAUAUCCUAUAGACUUCCUGAUAAACUCAGUCACCGUUUCAGUGUAUUUGUCAAAAUUAUUUUCGCAAGCUACCCGGAACAUAUCCCAGUCCGCGUGAUCAAAACAAUCUUGAAGCGUGGAUUCCGAUUGGUCAGACCAGCGUUGAAUAGUCCUUAGCACGGGUACUUCCUGUUUGAGUUUCUGCCUAUAGGAAGGGAGGAGCAAAAUGGAGUCAUGGUCAGAUUUGCCGAAAGGAGGGCGGGGGAGGGCCUUGUAGCCACCCCGGAAGUUCGAAUAGCAAUGGUCAAGGAUUUUAGCAGCCUGAAUACAACAGUCGAUAUGUUGAUAGAACUUCGGCAGCCUACUCCUUAAAUUUGCUUUGUUAAAAUCCCCGGCUACAAUGCAGCCUCAGGAUAUAUGGUUUCCAGUUUGCAUAAAGUCCAGUGAAGUUCUUUGAGGGCCAUCGUAGUAUCGGCUUGAGGGGGGAUAUACACGGCCGUGACUAUAACCAAAGAAAAUUAUCUUGGGAGAUAAUGCGGUCGGCAUUUGAUUGUGAGGUAUUCCUGGACGGGUGAACAGGAGGACUUGAGUUCCUGUAUGUUACUACAAUUACACCACGAGUCGUUAAUCAUGAAACACACACCUCCGCCCUUCUGCUUCCUGGAGAGAUGUAUUUCUGUCUGUGCGAUGAACUGAGAACCCAUCUGGCUGGACCGAUUUCGACAGAAUAUGCCCAGAGAACCAUGUUUCCGUGAAACAAUCCUUGCCCUGAGCUCGUCGACCUUGUUAUCCAAAGACUAAACAUUAGCGAGUAAUAUACUUGGAAGCGGUGGGUGGUGUGCGCGCCUCCUAAGUCGAACCAGAAGGCCGCUCCGAGUGCUUCUCCUCCACCGGCGAUGUUUUGGGUCAGCCGCUGGAAUCAGUUCGAUUGCCCUGGGGAGAGCAAACAAAGGAUCUGCUUCGGGAAAGUCGUAUUCCUGGUCGUAAUGCUGGUGAGUUACCGCCGCUCUGAUAUCCAAUAGUUUUUCCCGGCUGUAUGUAAUGAUACAAAACACUUUCUGAGCUAAUAAUGUAAAAAAUAAUACUUAAAAAAACAAAAUACCGCAAAGUUUCCUAAGAGCUAGUCGCAAGGCCGACGUCUUUGUUGGCACCAGGUCAGAGACUUGUCCCAAAGCCACUCCUGCGUUGUCUUGGCUGUGUGCUUAGGGUCGUUGUUCUGUUGGAAGCAGGUUUUCAUCAAGGAUCUCUCUGUACUUUGCUCCGUUCAUCUUUCUCUCGAACCUGACUAGUCUCCCAGUCCCUGCCGCUGAAAAACAUCCCCACAGCACAAUGCUGCCACCACCAUGCUUCACCAUAGGGAGGGUGCCAGGUUUCCUCUAGACGUGACGCUAGGCAUUCAGGCCAAAGAGUUCAAUCUUGGUUUCAUCAUACCAGAGAAUCUUGUUUCUCAUGGUCUGAGAGUCCUUUAGGUGCCUUUUGGCAAACUCCAAGCGGGCUGUCAUGUGCCUUUUACUGAGGAGUGGCUUUCAUCUGGCCACUCUACCAUAAAGACCUGAUUGGUGUGCUGCAGAGAUGGUUGUCCUUCUGGAAGGUUCUCCCAUCUCCACAGAGGAACUGUCGAGCUCUGUCAGAGUGACCAUCGGGUUCUUGGUCACCUCCCUGACCAAGGCCCUUCUCCCCCAGAUCUGUGCCGCGACACAAUCCUGUCUCUGAGCUCUACGGACAAUUCCUUCGACCUCAUGGCUUGGUUUUUGCUCUGACAUGCACUGUCAACUGUGGGACCUUAUAUAGACAGGUGUGUGCCUUUCCAAAUCAUGUCCAAUCAAUUGAAUUUACCACAGGUGGACUCCAAUCAAGUUGUAGAAACAUCUCAAGGAUGAUCAAUGGAAACAGGAUGCACCUGCGCUCAAUUUUGAGUCUCAUAGCAAAGGGUCUGAAUACUUAUGCAAAUAAGAUAUUUAUGUUUGGGUUUUUUUUUAUCUAAAAACAUGUUUUUGCUUUGUCAUUAUGGGAUAAUUGUAUCUAUUUUAGAAUAAGGCUGUAACGUAACAAAAUGUGGAAAAAGUCAAGGGGUCUGAAUACUUUCCGAAUGCACUGUAUAAAACCAAAGAAAGCACAGAAGACAAGGAGACUGAGGAAGAUGUUAGAAAAGGGUGGAGGGAAAAAGAGAGCAAGAUAGCAUUUGUAGAUAUUAUGAGGCCCCUGAGUUUUCCCUGACUACAUGACUUGACCAAGAAAAACUCCUGGACCUAUUCUAGAGGAUCUAACUUGGGGUCCAGCGUUUUUCCUGGUCCGGUUUUGUGGCCAUGAUAAAGGGCCCUACAGUAUGCACAGGUGUAGGAUCUUAAUUUUGCCGGUUUCUCCCAGCAGGAAAAUAAUGCUCCAUCAACAGGAAAUCUGCAUUUUUCUGUGAAUUAUAAUUAAUGGACAUUUUUGUAGGGAUUGAUACAUGUUUUGUUAGGGCAAAUGAAGUCUGACAUUUUAAAGUGGAAAUUAAAACUUUAGAAGCCUUUUUAAACCUUGAAUACACUGCAAGAAAUUUCCUGCAACAACAGGGUGAUCAAAUUAACAUCAUACACCUGUAUAUAUUAUGAAGUCCAGUGCACUGUAAGUCUACCUGUUGGAGUUCACUGUCAGGCCAAACUGAUACGACAGAUAGAAGAUAGAGAUGAAGAAGCAUGAAGAAAGGAUACAGAAUAUCUGUAGGGGAUAGAGAGAUGGAGAUAGAGAUAUAAAUAAACAUGGAGAUACAGGCUGAAUGCAUUACUUCACCGUCCGAGUAUCAAAGCCAGGUCAGCUACACAACUCAAUACUGAGUCAGCCCUCUGAGCUAAUACUUAUAUUCAGGUCUAAGGCAUGAUUAGUCAUCAUGCGAGGGAAGUUCACUUAAAAAUCUCCCCUAUAUAUGUUACAUAGAGAUAGUGAUGCAGAGAUAUGUCUAUUACUAUUUCAGAAUUUAUAUCACAUUAUGCUUCCUUUAGAGGUCAAUGUCAGUACGUGGGUAUCUUUCUCCUCUCUCUCUCUUUCUCCUCUCUCUCUCUCUCUCUCUCUCUCUCUCUCUCUCUCUCUCUCUCUCUCUCUCUCUCUCUCUCUCUCUCUCUCUCUCUCUCUCUCUCUCUCUCUCUCUUUCUUGCUAUCCCUCUCUCUCUAUUCCUCCCUCUCUCUUUUCUGUCUCUAGCAGGAGGGAAGAAUAGUCAAUUGGACUAAUAAAAAAAACUGCUUGUGUGUGUGUAGUAUCUCAUGGUGAUGAUGUCUUAAUGAUAAAUCUGCUGAUGCGGGUGUCUGAUAGCUGGUGGGAGGAGAGUGCUGUGGUCAGUGGCUCACUCUGCUGCAGUUGGUUUCCUGGAAAUAUGAUUUAGGCUGAUUAUGUAUAUUUCCUUCCUCUCCUCAUUUUCAGUGCCUUCAGUUUUUUUGCUUUUUUUGACUAUUAAGGCUGUGUGCUGCCUUGAAGUAUUGUAUAAUAAAAUAUUGUUACAACUCAAACCUCUCUCUAUCUGCCCCCUCACCUCUUCCUCUUCCUCACUCUCUCUCUUUCUCUCUCUCUCUCUCUCUCCUCAGAGACCGGAGUGAUAGACCCAGUGCUUAUAGAGCGUUAUAACACUCCAGGGUUCGUAGGCUGUCUGUCACGUGUCCAGUUCAACGGAGUCGCACCCCUGAAGACUGCCCUAAGAAACCCUGUAGCAGACAGACCGACAGACAGACAGCCAGACAGACCGACAGACAGACAGACUGUGCCAGUGUCGUACCAGGGUAAACUGGUAGAAUCUAACUGUGGAGCAUCACCUCUCACCAUCCCACCAAUGUCUGCUGUCACCGAUCCUUGGCGCCUGGACUCAGGUACGAUACACACACACACACACACACACACAAACAUUUCUGCAGGAAAAGCAGGUACACACACCACACACACAUUCUCAUAUUGGGGAUGCUGCAGUCUUCCUUGUGCUCCAGUGGGAUGGUUGUCUCUGUCUCUGGUCAAUAACAUCUAUUGAUCCAGGAGCCACAAGCAAAACGCACAGUCAGCUGACAGAGCAAAUAUGUCAGUCUAUCUAUUUCUUCUCUCUCUCUCUCAUUAGCUUACUACACACCCAUCAUAACACUCUCCAUGUCGUCUCUCUCUCUCUCAUUAGCUUACUGCCAGUCUGUCUGUCAUAACAAUCUCUCAUCCACCCACUCUCUUCUCUCCCUCUCGCUCUCUCCACUUGUCUACCUGACAGAUCUGUCCAUCAAGAGGGAUAAAAGCCUAUUAGUGGGAGACUGGACAGCUUGGCCUGGUGUUUUUGAUUCAUUGCUCUGUAGUGUGUUUACAGUUCAAUGGAAGGCAGUGGUGUGUGUGUGUGUGCGCGUGCGUGCGUGCGUGUGUACAUGUGCCUGGUGUGUGUGCACGUGUGCGUGCGUUGUGUGUGGGUGUAUUACAUUUACAUUUUAUUCAUUUAGCAUACCCUCUUAUCCAGUGCGACUUACAGUUACUGCAUUCAUCUUAAGAUAGCUAGGUGAGUAUAGCUGUCUAGCUGAUGUGAUAUCUGUGUCUCCAGGUGCAGAGUUCCCAUUCAACGAGGAGAGAGUGAUCCCAGAUGGAGUCAACAGGAACUCAGCCAUUAUAGGAGGUACGUGCAGUAAGGCCUGUAUUCAGAUGGAUCUUAUCUUAAACUAACAUGUACGACAGAGACAUGACCCUCUGCCAGGUCCAGAUGUCAUCUUGAUGUUGAUCUAUUGGAAUUCAGUUGUCUCCAAAUGUGUUUCCCAUGGGCCUACAUGAUGUCAACAAAUUAUGUAUUUGAUUCAGUAACAUUCUGCUCCAACUUUAACUGUCUAUCAAUAUCCAUUCUAUCAAUAUCUAUCAAUAUCCAUUCUAUCAAUAUCCAUUCUAUUAAUAUCUAUCAAUAUCUAUCAAUAUCCAUUCUAUCAAUAUCUAUCAAUAUCCAUUCUAUUAAUAUCUAUCAAUAUUCAUUCUAUCAAUAUCUAUCAAUAUCCAUUAUAUCAAUAUCUAUCCAUAUCCAUUCUAUCAAUAUCCAUUCUAUUAAUAUCUAUCAAUAUCCAUUAUAUUAAUAUCUAUUCUAUCAAUAUAUAUCAAUAUACAUUCUAUCAAUAUCCAUUCUAUCAAUAUCUAUCAAUAUCCAUUCUAUUAAUAUCUAUCAAUAUCCAUUCUAUCAAUAUCUAUCAAUAUCCAUUCUAUUAAUAUCUAUCAAUAUCCAUUCUAUCAAUAUCCAUUCUAUUAAUAUCUAUCAAUAUCCAUUCUAUCAAUAUCUAUCAAUAUACAUUCUAUCAAUAUCCAUUCUAUCAAUAUCUAUCAAUAUCCAUUCUAUUAAUAUCUAUCAAUAUCCAUUCUAUCAAUAUCCAUUCUAUCAAUAUCUAUCAAUAUCCAUUCUAUCAAUAUCCAUUCUAUAAAUAUCCAUUCUAUCAAUAUCUAUCAAUAUCCAUUCUAUCAAUAUAUCAAUAUCCAUUAUAUCAAUAUCAAUUUGAUCAAUAUCUAUCAAUAUCAUUAUAUCAAUAUCUAUCAAUAUCAUUAUCAACAACAUUCUAUCAAUAUCUCUCAAUAUCCAUUCUAUCAAUAUCCAUUCUAACAAUAUCCAUUCUAUCAAUAUCUUUCAAUAUCCAUUAUAUCAAUUUCCAUUAUAUCAAUAUCAAUUUAAUCAAUAUCUAUCAAUAUCAUUCUAUUAAUAUCAUUAUCAACAUCUAUUCCAUCAAUUUCUCAAUAUCCAUUCUAUCAAUAUCCAUUAUAUCAAUAUAUAUCAAUAUCCAUUCUAUCAAUAUCUAUCAAUAUCCAUUCUAUCAAUAUCCAUUCUAUCAAUAUCUUUCAAUAUCCAUUCUAUCAAUAUCUAUCAAUAUCCAUUCUAACAAUAUCAUUCUAUCAAUAUCUAUCAAUAUCCAUUCUAUCAAUAUCUAUCAAUAUCCAUUCUAUGAAUAUCCAUACUAUUGUGGUCCUCUGUAGCUCAAUUGGUAGAGCAUGGUGCUUGUAACGCCAGGGUAGUGGGUUCGAUCCCUGUGACCAUCCAUACGUAAAAAUGUAUGCACACAUGACUGUAAGUCGCUUUGGAUAAAAGUGUCUGCUAAAUGGCAUAUUAUAUUAUAUCAAUAUCUAUUCAAUCAAUAUCUAUCAAUAUCCAUUCUAUGAAUAUCCAUACUAUGAAUAUCCAUUCUAUCAAUAUCCAUUCUAUCAAUAUCUAUCAAUAUCAAUUAUAUUAAUAUCCAUUCUAUCAAUAUCCAUUCUAUCAAUAUCUCUCAAUAUCCAUUCUAUCAAUAUCCAUUCUAUCAAUAUCUAUUCAAUCAAUAUCUAUCAAUAUCCAUUCUAUCAAUAUCAUUCUAUCAAUAUCUAGCAAUAUCCAUUCUAUCAAUAUUCAUUUUAUCAAUAUCUAUCAAUAUCAAUUCUAUAAAUAUCUAUAUCUAUCAAUAUCCAUUAUAUCAAUAUCAUUCUAUCAAUAUCUCUCAAUAUCCAUUCUAUCAAUGUCAAUUCUAUCAAUAGAUAUCAAUAUCCAUUCUCUCAAUAUCCAUUCUAACAUUUAGCAGACGCUCUUAUCCAGAGCGACUUACAGUUAGUGCAUACAUUAUUUUUUUAUACUGGCCCCCCGUGGAAAUCGAACCCACAACCCUGGCGUUGCAAACGCCAUGCUCUACCAACCGAGCUACAUCCCUGCCGGCCAUUCCCUCCCCUGCCCUGGACGGCGCUGGGCCAAUUGUGCGCCGCCCCAUGGGUCUCCCGGUCGCGGCCGGCUAUGACAGAGCCUGGAUUCGAACCAGGAUCUCUAGUGGCACAGCUAGCACUGCAAUGCAGUGCCUUAGACCACUGCGCCACAAUAUCCAUUCUAUCAAUAUCCAUUCUAUCAAUAUAUAUCAAUAUCAAUUCUAUCAAUAUCCAUUCUAUCAAUAUCCAUUUGAUAUAGAAAUUAAAAUAUAUACAGGUUAAAAGUAAUGACUAAAUGUUCCACCCUUAAAUAUAUGUUCUUGUUUUAAGUAUGAUUAGUACUUUCUUAGUAGUGACUAAUUAUUACACUCCGAAACUGUGUGAGAUGUGUUAGAAUCUACUACCUGGUAAUGUGUGAGUGUAGGACCAGUAAAGAUUAUGACAUUGUGCUACAUUUUAGCAAUGUGAGUAAGAGUUAGGCCAGACAACAAAGGACAAGGAGAACUGUCUACAGGCAACUGAGAAACCAAGAUAAAGAGGCCUCCCAAUUUAGGGAGGAGAGAGACUAUGAAAAGAAAAUGUGUGUGUAUGUGUGUGUAUGUAUGUGUGUAUGUGUGUGUGUGUGUGUGUGUGUGUGUGAACUGAUGGUCAGGAGAGCAGUUUUAAAGUGGAAGACUACAGCCCACCUACAGAGGGGUGGUAUUUUCGUAUGACGUGUGCGUAUAAAAAUAUUGUACGACCAUUUUGUGGCAGAAUUCUCAAUGAAUAAACAUCUCUGACUAUGCAGACCGGGACUCUGUCCGUUUCUUUAUCCAAAAGCAUUACAACCUUUUGGGAGACGCACAGAGACACUGAAAUAGUUUGUUAAAUAAUUCUCAUAACAUCAUUCUAUCAAUAUCUAUCAAUAUCCGUUAUAUCAAUAUCCAUUCCUUCAAUAUCUAUCAAUAUCCAUUCUACCAAUAUCAUUCUAUCAAUAUCAUCAAUAUCCAUUCUGUUAAUAUCCAUUCUGUCCGUGUCUACCAAUAUCCAUUCUAUCAAUAUCUAUCAAUAUCCAUUCUAUGAAUAUCCAUACUAUCAAUAUCCAUUAUAUCAAUAUCUAUCAAUAUCCAUUCUAUCAAUAUCCAUUCUAUCAAUAUCUAUCAAUAUCAAUUCUAUUAAUAUCCAUUCUAUCAAUAUCCAUUCUAUCAAUAUCUAUCAAUAUCCAUUAUAUCAAUAUCCAUUCUAGCAAUAUCUAUUCUAUCAAUAUCUAUCAAUAUCCAUUCUAUCAAUAUCUGUCAAUUUCAUUAUAUCAAUAUCUAUCAAUAUCAUUCUAUCAAUAUCCAUUCUAUCAAUAUCUCUCAAUAUCCAUUCUAUCAACAUCCAUUCUAUCAAUAUCUAUCAAUAUCCAUUCUAUCAAUAUCUAUCAAUAUCAUUAUAUCAAUAUCUAUCAAUAUCAUUAUAUCAAUAUCCAUUCUAUCAAUAUCCAUUCUAUCAAUAUCUAUCAAUAUCCAUUCUAUCAAUAUUCAUUCUAUCAAUAUCUAUCAAUAUUAAUUAUUUAAAUAUCUAUCAAUAUCCAUUUUAUCAAUAUCUAUCAAUAUCCAUUCACAAUAUAUAUCAAUAUCCAUUCUAUUAAUAUCUAUCAAUAUCUAUUCUAUCAAUAUCCAUUCUAUCAAUAUCUGUCAAUAUCAAUAUAUAUCACUAUCCAUUCUAUCAAUAUCAAUAUCUAUCAAUAUCAUUCUAUGAAUAUCUUUCAAAAACAUUCUAUCAUUAUCUGUCAAUAUCCAUUCUAUCAAUAUAUAUCAAUAUCCAUUCUAUUAAAAUCUAUCAAUAUCCAUUCUAUCAAUGUCCAUUCUGUUAAUAUCUAUCAAUUUCCAUUCUAUCAAUAUCUAUCAAUAUUAACUAUUUCAAUAUCUAUCAAUAUCCAUUCUCUCAAUAUCUAUCAAUAUCCAUUCUAUCAAUAUUAAUUAUAUCAAUAUCUACCAAUAUCCAUUCUAUCAAUAUCAUUCUAUCAAUAUCUAUCUAUAUCCAUUCUAUCAAUAUCUAUCAAUAUCCAUUCUAUCAAUAUAAUUCUGUCAAUAUCUAUCAAUAUCCAUUCUAUCAAUAUUAAUUAUAUCAAUAUCCAUUCUAUCAAUAUCUAUCAAUAUCCAUUCUACCAAUAUCAUUCUAUCAAUAUCUAUCAAUAUCCAUUCUCUCAAUAUCCAUUCUGUCAAUAUCUAUCAAUAUCCAUUCUAUCAAUAUCAUUCUGUCAAUAUCUAUCAAUAUCCAUUCUAUCAAUAUUAAUUAUAUCAAUAUCCAUUCUCUCAAUAUCUCUCAAUAUCCAUUCUAUCAAUAUCUAUCAAUAUCCAUUCUAUCAAUAUUAAUUAUAUCAAUAUCUAUCAAUAUUCAUUUUAUCAAUAUCUAUCAAUAUUGAUUAUAUCAAUAUCCUUUCUAUCAAUAUCUAUCAAUAUCCAUUCUAUCAAUGUCAUUCUGUCAAUAUCUAUCAAUAUCCAUUAUAUCAAUAUCUAUCAAUAUUCCUUCUUUCAAAAUCUAUCAAUAUCAAUUUUAUCAAUAUCUAUCGAUAUCCAUUCUCAAUAUAUAUCAAUAUCCAUUCUAUUAAUAUCUAUCAAUAUCUAUUCUAUCAAUAUCCAUUUUAAUCAAUAUCUAUCCAUAUAUAUUCUAUCAUAUCUUCAAUAUCCAUUAUUUCAAUAUCUAAUCACUAUCCAUUCUAUCAAUAUAAAUAUCUAUCAAUAUCAUUAUAUGAAUAUCUAUCAAAAACAUUCUAUCAUUAUAUGUCAAUAUCCAUUCUAUCAAUAUCUUUCAAUAUCCAUUCUAUCAAUAUCUAUCAAUAUCCAUUCUACCAAUAUCAUUCUAUCAAUAUCUAUCAAUAUCCAUUCUAUCAAUAUCUAUCAAUAUCCAUUUCUAUCAAUAUCCAUUCUAUCAAUAUACAUACUAUCAAUAUCCAUUCUAUCAAUAUCUAUUUUAACCAUAUCUAUCAAUAUCCAUUCUAUCAGAAUCUGUCAAUAUCCAUUCUGUCAAUAUCUAUCAUAUCAAUUCAAUCAUAUCCAUUCGAUCAAUAUCUAUCAAUACAAUUUUAUUAAAUAUCUAUCAAUAUCAAUUUUGUCAAUAUCCAUUCUAUCAAUAUCUAUCAGAUCCAUUCUAUCAAUAUUAAUUAUAUCAAUAUCUAUCUAUAUUCAUUCUGUCAAAAUCUAUCAUAUCCAUUCUACUCAAAUAUCUAUCAAUAUCCAUUCUAUUAAAAUAUAUCAUAUCCAUUCUAUCAAUAUCCAUUCUAUUAAUAUCGAUCAAUAUCUGUUCUUUCAAUAUCAUUCUAUCAAUAUAUUUCUAUCAUAUCUAUAAAUAUCCUUCUAUCAAUAUCUCAUAUCUAUUCUAUCAAUAUCUGUCAAUACCAUUAUAUCAAUAUCUAUCAAUAUCAUUCUAUGAAUAUCUGUCAAAACAAUUCUAUCAUUAUCUGUCCAAUAUCCAUUCUAUCAAUAUCUAUCAAUAUCUAUUCUAUCCAUAUCCAUUUUAUCAAUACUCCUUCAAUAUCCCAUUCUAUCAUAUCUAUCAAUUAAUGCUAUCAAUAUCCAUUCUAUCAAAUAUCUAUCAAUUCCUUUCUAUCAUAAAAUCCAUUUUAUUAAACCCCAAAACAUUCUUCAUAUUUUUAUCAUUCAUUCAAAAAUUCUUCAAAAUCCAUUCUAUAAUUCCAUUCAUCAAUUCUAUCAAAAUCCAUUCUUCAAAUAAAUCCUUUCUAUCAAUUCAAUUUCUAAAAAUAAUAUAAAUAUCCAUUUCUUCUUCCUUCUCUUUUAGCAAUUUUUACCCAGCCCUUUACAUUAGUCUACCUUUUUUUUUUAUCGGCCCCCUGAACGACCCCCCCCCCGCGUUAAAAGAUGCUCAAAAUACUCCCGCCCCUUCCCCCCCCCCCCUGGCGGCCCCUUUUUGGCCCCCCCCGGGGCUCCCCCGGGGGCCCUUGCAAUGUUUCGCCCCGGGGUCUCUUCCCCCCCGCAAUGCAGGCCUUGGACCAUGGCCACUACCAUUCAUCUAUCCAUCAAAAUUAUAUCAUAAAAAUUUCAUCUCCAUUCUAUCAAUAUUUUAAUAAAAAUUAAAUAUAUACAAGUUAAAAGUAUGACUAAAUGUUCCACCACCCUUAAAUAUAUGUUCUUGUUUUAAGUAUGAUUAGUACUUUCUAGUAGUGACAAUUAAUUACACUCCGAAACUGUGGUGAGAUGUGUUAGAAUCUACUACCUGGUAAUGUGUGAGUGUAGGACCAUAAAGAUUAUGAACAUUGUGCUACAUUUUAGCAAUGUGAGUAAGCGAGUUAGGCCAGACAACAAAGGACAAGGUAGAACUGUCUACAGCAACUGAGAAACAAGAUAAAAGGCCUCCCAAUUUAGGGAGAGAGAGACUAUGAAAAGAAAAUGUGUGUGUAUUGUGUUGUAUGUAUGUGGUGUAUGUGUGUGUGUGGUGUGUGUGUGUGUGGUGAACUGAUGGUCAGGAGAGCAGUUUUACAAGUGGAAACUACAGCCCACCUACAGAGGGGUGGUAUUUUCGUAUGACGUGUGCGUAUAAAAAUAUUGUACGACCAUUUUGUGGCAGAAUUCUCAAUGAAUAAACAUCUCUGACUAUGCAGACCGGGACUCUGUCCGUUUCUUUAUCCAAAAGCAUUACAAACCUUUUGGGGAGACGCACAGAGACACUGAAAUAGUUUUGUUAAAAAAUUCUCAAAAACAUCAUUCUAAAAUUCUAUCAAUCCUUUAUAUAAAUAUCCCCCUUCUUCAUAAAUUCCUUUUCAAACCAAAUUCAUUCUAUCAAUAUCUCAUAUCCUUCUUUUAAAUACCAUUCGCCCGUCCUACCAAUAUCCUUUCUAAAAUACUACAAUACCUUCUAUGAAUUCCAUCUAUCAAAUCCUUUAAUAAAUAUCUACAAUCCUUCUAAAAUACCAUCUAUAAAUAUCUAUCAUAUAAAUUCUAUUAAUAUCCUUCUAUCAAUAUCCUUCUAUCAAAAAUCAUCAAAAAUCCUUACAAUUCCCAUUCACAAUAUCUUUUUCAAUCUUUCUACAACCCUUCUAUCAAUACUUCAAUUUCAUUUACAAAAUUUUCUAUCAUUUCCCAAUAUCCUUCUAUCAAACCUUCAAACCCCUUUAUAAAUCCAUUCUUAAUAUCUAUCAAUAUCCUUUCAAAUAAAUAUUUUAUCAAUUCUUUUAAUCAUUUUAUCUACAAUAUCAUCCCCAUUUUUAAAUACCCCUUCUUAAAUAUCUAUCAAUUAUUUUUAAUAUUCUUUUCUAUCAAUAUCUAUCAAUAUUUAUUUAAUAUAAAAUACCUUUUAAAAUAUCUAUCAAUACCCUUCCCCUAUCAAUCCAUUCUUUUAAUAUUUUAAAAAUACUAUUUUCAAUCCAUUCUAUCAAUACCCUUCAAUCAAAAAUUUUCCCAAAAUUUUCUUCAAACAUUCUAUCAAAUCUUCAAAAAAUUUUUUUAAAAAAAUUUAUCUUUACCCCAAUUCCCUUAAAAUUAUAAUACUUUUAUCCUUCUUUAAAAAAUUAUCAAUAUCCCUUCUAUAAAUUCCAUUUUUUUUAAAUAUCAUCUUUUCCCCUUCACCCAAUUCUAUAAAAUUAAUAUUAAAUUCUACAAAUCCUUCCCUAAAUAUCUUCAACCCCAUUCAUCUUUAAUUUAUCAAUAUCUAAAAUUCCCAUUCUAAAAUAUAUUCUUAAAUAUCUAUCAUAUCCAUUCAUCAAUUUUAUAACCCAUUCAAUCAAAUUUUUCUUCCAAAUUCUUCUACCCAUUCUUCAAUAUUUUUUCAAUCCAUUCUUAAUAUCUAUCAAAAACCCAUUUCUACCAAUAUCAUUCUUCAUUCUAUCAAUAUCCAUUCUUCAAUAUAUUUUAAAUAUCAUCUUCAUCUAUCAUUAUCUGUCAAUAUCUAUAUAUCCAUCUAUCAUUAUUAUAUCAUUCCUAUCUCCAAUCUCUCAAUUCCUUCUAUCAAUAUCUAUCAAUCCAUCUAUCAAUAUUAAUUUCAAUAUCUAUCAAUAUCAUUUUAAUCAAAUCUAUCAAUUGAUUAUAUCAAUAUCCUUUCUAUCAAUAUCUAUCAAUAUCCUUCUAUCAAUGUCAUUCUGUCAAUAUCUAUCAAUAUCCAUUAUAUCAAUAUCUAUCAAUAUUCCUUCUUUCAAAAUCUAUCAAUAUCAAUUUUAUCAAUAUCUAUCGAUAUCCAUUCUCAAUAUAUAUCAAUAUCCAUUCUAUUAAUAUCUAUCAAUAUCUAUUCUAUCAAUAUCCAUUUUAUCAAUAUCUAUCCAUAUAUAUUCUAUCAAUAUCUAUCAAUAUCCAUUAUUUCAAUAUCUAUCACUAUCCAUUCUAUCAAUAUAAAUAUCUAUCAAUAUCAUUAUAUGAAUAUCUAUCAAAAACAUUCUAUCAUUAUAUGUCAAUAUCCAUUCUAUCAAUAUCUUUCAAUAUCCAUUCUAUCAAUAUCUAUCAAUAUCCAUUCUACCAAUAUCAUUCUAUCAAUAUCUAUCAAUAUCCAUUCUAUCAAUAUCUAUCAAUAUCCAUUCUAUCAAUAUCCAUUCUAUCAAUAUACAUACUAUCAAUAUCCAUUCUAUCAAUAUCUAUUUUAACCAUAUCUAUCAAUAUCCAUUCUAUCAGAAUCUGUCAAUAUCCAUUCUGUCAAUAUCUAUCAAUAUCAAUUCUAUCAAUAUCCAUUCGAUCAAUAUCUAUCAAUAUCAAUUUUAUUAAUAUCUAUCAAUAUCAAUUUUGUCAAUAUCCAUUCUAUCAAUAUCUAUCAAGAUCCAUUCUAUCAAUAUUAAUUAUAUCAAUAUCUAUCUAUAUUCAUUCUGUCAAAAUCUAUCAAUAUCCAUUCUAUCAAUAUCUAUCAAUAUCCAUUCUAUUAAAAUAUAUCAAUAUCCAUUCUAUCAAUAUCCAUUCUAUUAAUAUCGAUCAAUAUCUGUUCUUUCAAUAUCAUUCUAUCAAUAUAUAUUCUAUCAAUAUCUAUAAAUAUCCAUUCUAUCAAUAUCUCAAUAUCUAUUCUAUCAAUAUCUGUCAAUAUCCAUUAUAUCAAUAUCUAUCAAUAUCAUUCUAUGAAUAUCUGUCAAAAACAUUCUAUCAUUAUCUGUCAAUAUCCAUUCUAUCAAUAUCUAUCAAUAUCUAUUCUAUCAAUAUCCAUUUUAUCAAUAUCUAUCAAUAUCCAUUCCAUCAAUAUCUAUCAAUAUCCAUUCUGUCAAUAUCCAUUCUAUCAAUAUCCAUUCAAUCAAUAUCAUUCUGUCAAUAUCUAUCAAUAUCCAUUCUAUCAAUAUCUAUCAAUAUCCAUUCUAUCAAUAUCCAUUCCAUCAAUAUCUAUCUAUAUCCAUUCUGUCAAUAUCCAUUCUAUCAAUAUCCAUUCUAUCACUAUCCAUUCUAUCAAUAUCUAUCAAUAUCCAUUCUAUCAAUAUCUAUCAAUAUCCAUUCUAUCAAUAUCCAUUCUAUCAAUAUCUAUCGAUUUCCAUUCUAUCAAUAUCUAUCAAUAUCCAUUCUAUCAAUAUCCAUUCUAUCAAUAUCUAUCAAUUUCCAUUCUAUCAAUAUCCAUUCUAUCAAUAUCUAUCCAUUUCCAUUCUAUCAAUAUCUAUCAAUAUCCAUUAUUUCUAAAUCUACUUCUUCGUCUCUGCCCUCAGGUAUCAUUGCCGUGGUGAUUUUCACUAUCCUGUGCACGCUGGUGUUCCUGAUUCGCUACAUGUUCCGUCACAAGGGCUCCUACCACACCAAUGAGUCGAAAGGGGCGGAGCCAGCCAGUGGAGAAUCAGCUGACACCACCAUCAUCUGCGCCGAAACCAACCCGGAAACCAUUGAUGAAUCAAAGAAAGAGUGGUUCAUCUAACUGCCAAUUGAAAGACAGAUGAGAAGUGGAGAGUUGGAUGUUCGUCUGUUGACCAAGCACAGGAGAGAUGGAUGGAAACGUUGUGUCCCUACUGGAUGGUGGAGGGAUUGGAGUGGGUGAAAGGAUGUGUACAGAAAUCAGAUUUCUUUUCAUAACUGCAGAAGAAAGACGAGACAGUCUAUUGGAAGGUUGCGUUGAGAGUUGAGAGACUAAAUCUGUACAUAGUCUUUCUUUGUAUUGUGUUCAGGCAUUUCCAAGAGUCCUUUGAAUACAGAAUAGUUAUAUAACAGCAGAUCUGGAUCAAAUACAUUCAAAUACUUUAGGUUUUUAGAAGUGCACUUGAUUUAGUUUGGAGUUUGCACCGUUAGGACUAUUCUAUUGUUCCCAUUGUACCAGGCAAACUAAAUCAAGCACAGCUCAAGUAUUUGACCUAUGUAUUUGACCUCUGUAUAAUAAUAAUAAUUGAUCAUAUGCUAGCAAAGACUUGUUUGUUUGAAAGAUUAUGCCAAAUCAUCUGUUUUGGCAUUUCUGUUGGUCAUGCUUACAUGUCCAUGAUCCAUAUCCACUCCAACAUUAUUUCUCAAACCAAUCCAUAAGGUGUUACCAGAGAAACAUGGAUGCCAAAAGUCCAGCUGUAAAUACGUGUUAUUUAUAAAUAUAUUUUAUUUC